CCUUACAUUAGGGGUUUUUAUGCUGUUUACCCGAUUUAAGCGCGCCCUAAAUACAAAUAGGCUAAAAAUUUCCUCAUCUGCGACUCAAUUGACAAUUCCAAUCAUGGCGGACGAAAACUCGGAUGACCAUCACCGAGAUUCCGCUGCCCUGCACUCCGCCGGCGCCGAUACAGACGGCGGCGAAAAAUGCGACGAUAUUUCCAAUUUAAUCACUGCAACUAGUUCAAAUUCGUCGGUGGCGGAGGGUUUGUACUCUUUGAUUUCGUCAGUCAUGACGGAUUUCGACUCUAGAGCCGAAGCCACCGCUAGCAGCCAGGACCAACUCGCUUUCUCUCUCGAUCGUCUCACCGGCGAGCUCGAUAAAUUGCUAGAGGAUGCACCGUCGCCUUUCAUUAUGCAGCACGCGGCAAGGAUUUCUGGUGUUAAGAAAAGGGUCAAAGCAUUAAAUACUGUUUUGAAGUCCGUACAACGACGUAUCGACAAUAUGGAUCGCAUGCUAUCAGCUGGAUUAGUGUCUGAAACACCGGUGGGAGUGAGCAAUGAGCAACAACACGCUUCAUAAUCGAGAACAGAUGGUUUUGUUUGUAUACUCUGAUGGGACUUUACUUGCCGGAUAUAUAAUGUAGCAACAGGUUGAUGCAUCACAUAGCCAGCAGCAGUUGUGACAGAUAGACUGCAAGGAUUUUAUGUUCAGCCGAGAACUAACGAAUGUGACGUGACUAAUUCUAACAAGUUUUAAACGCAAAAAUGGUGACUGGAUUUAUACGGCAGAAGGCCCCUGUUCAAAUUGUUUUUAUUUAGCUAUUUUAUUUGUGAAAAAAGGAGGGCGAUUUCGACAACUUCAUAUAAUUGUUCAUAUUGGUUUUAUGAUUUGUGUGAUGAAGGCCCAGAAUUCCGGCCACUAGCCCUUUAAAUAUUUAUCCCCU